AUGGGGAACUUGGGUGUGAACCUUACAAAGCAAAAGGAUGAAGAUUCUCAAGAGAAGGAUAUAUCUCCAUCUCGAUAUGUUCGAGGGCCGAAUGCUAUUGCAGGUUUGCCGCCAAACAUAGGGAAGCUAGCCCAGAUUGUGAAAAUCAGUGGACGUCUUUAUGUGAGCAAAAACUACGGAGUUCCCGAUUUCUCUUUCUUGCCAAAUUUAGAGGAGAUUGAAGCAACUGAUAAAGAAGGCAGCGCGGCCAUUUUGGUGGGUGGAAACAGGAAGUUCAAAGCUGAAGGAUUGAAUGCACUGAAGAGAAUUCGUGGCGAUGUGCUCAUUUAUACCAUGAAAGAAUCAGACGUACCGCAUGAGACCAGGAAGCGUCUCAAAGAAAUAACCCAGGGUCGAGUGUUGUUUUCAAAUGACGUGUGUAAAGGUGGAGAAGUCAAUGAGCAAUAUCUCGCAAAGUUGAGUGAUUUCUGUUUCGUUAUUGUCGGCGAUCUCAUUCUUCGUUCAUUGAGAGAGAAACCAAAAGGAUUGGGAAAAUUAAAAGAAGUCACCAUCAUACGAGGAAGCCUAUUUGUAGAGGGUAACACGGCUAUAAAGGAUCUUUCAUUCUUGAGUAACCUUGAAGAUAUCAGCAACUCCAGGCCCGAACAACCGAGCUUGAAAGUGGCUGCCAACGAAAACUUUGUUCUAAAGGGGUUGGAGGAAAUUCGAAGAAUUCAUGGCGAUGUUUAUGUCUCUACUCGGAAGCAAACAGAUGUCCCAUUUUCGUCGAAAUCCUUGUUAAAACGCGUAACUGAUGGAAAGACGACAUUCCUGGUCGAAGGAGGAGCUACUACUCAACCUGAAGAAGAAAAACAAGACGAAACCAUCAGCGUACUCACGAGGAGCUCUACUACUUCAGUGGCACGUGAUAUUGAACCUGAUAGAAACAUCAAAGAAUCCAAACACUCAUCGAACUUUCGACAACAGCAUAGCAGUGUCUAUUCAGGAAACCAGUUCAUAUCGUGGAUCUGUACGAUAGGUUUGUGA